AUGGCAAACGAAGAUAAUGAUCGAAAUCACCGUUCUCGUUCAAGAGAGCGUGAUAGGCGGCGUAAACGUUCAAAAUCAAGAGAUCGCAACGAGAAAAGACGUCGAUCUCGGUCAAAAGAAAAACGACGAGACAGUCGCUCUCGUUCACCACGUGAUCGCGAUCGCAAAAAGGAGAAAGUUGAUAAAAAACCAAAAAAAUACAAAUACUGGGAUGUACCACCUGCUGGUUUUGAACAUAUCACACCUAUGCAGUACAAAACAAUGCAAGCAUCGGGCCAAAUAUCUCAGAUUUUCAGCGGUAAAGACUGGAGUGCUAAUACAGCAGCUGCAACACCCGUCCUAGGAAGUCAUGUUGUUCAUCAAUCGAGACGUUUAUAUGUUGGUAACAUACCGUUUGGAGUGUCAGAAACAGCAAUGAUGGAUUUUUUUAAUCAACAAAUGCAUCUGACUGGUUUAUCCCAAACAGAGGGAAACCCUGUGAUUGCUGUACAAAUUAAUUUGGAUAAAAACUUCGCUUUUCUUGAAUUUCGUUCCAUUGAUGAAACAACAGCAGCAAUGGCAUUCGAUGGAAUUGUAUUUCAAGGACAGUCAUUGAAAAUUCGUCGUCCACGCGAUUAUCAGCCAAUGCCAGGCAUAUCCGACCAACCGAAUCUAAACGUUCCAGGUGUUAUAUCUACUGUUGUAGCUGAUAGCCCAUUUAAGAUAUUCAUCGGUGGUUUACCAAAUUAUUUAAAUGAUGAUCAGGUGAAAGAAUUACUCAUGUCAUUUGGUCCAUUGAAAGCAUUCAAUCUUGUGAAAGAUGCAGCAACUGGACUAUCGAAAGGAUACGCGUUCUGUGAAUACGUUGAUGCUGGAGUUACCGAUGCUGCCAUUCAAGGUCUAAAUGGAAUGCAACUGGGAGACAAAAAACUGAUUGUUCAAUUAGCCAGUGUUGGAGCUAAAAAUAUGCCAGGAAUGACAUCUGUCCCAGUCAAUGUUCAAGUUCCUGGUUUAAAUUUAUCUUCCGGAUCUGGACCAACAACAGAAGUUCUGUGUUUGUUAAAUAUGGUUACAGAAGACGAGUUAAGAGAUGAUGAAGAAUUUGAAGAUAUAAUGGAGGAUGUCCGUGAAGAAUGUGGAAAAUAUGGUUUUGUUAAAAGUCUUGAAAUACCACGCCCAAUUAUGGGGGUUGACGUGCCAGGAGUUGGAAAGAUAUUUGUGGAAUUUACAUCCAUUAGUGAAUGUCAAAAGGCUCAACAAGCACUAACAGGCCGAAAAUUUGCCAAUCGUGUUGUCGUGACAUCUUACUAUGAUCCAGAUAAAUAUCAUAGACGAGAAUUUUGA